AUGCAUCUUAUGUACUCGCUUGACGCCGAAGGCAAGAGGGUCUACACCCUGAAGAAGGUCGAUGCCCAGGGCCGUGUCACAAAAUCCGCUCACCCUGCCCGAUUCUCUCCCGAUGACAAGUACUCUCGGCACCGUGUCACUCUCAAGAAGAGAUAUGGUCUGCUUCUGACCCAGCAGCCCGACAAGGAGGUUGCUGCGUUGUAA